AUGGAGGACCACAGCAACAAGUGCACUAUAACGUCUGCAAUCACCGAUCUGCCACCAUGUGCCAUCCAGAUUCAACCUGAUGAUGCAUCUAUCAUCUUUGUGGCCACUUACAAGCUGGAGGACGACCGAAGUCGAAAUGGUACGGUCGAUGUCUACAAGCUUGAAGACGACCAGCUGAAACUGCAGCAGAGCUGCCGAACAAACUCAUCAAUCUUGGACCUCAAGAUUAGCCCCUUCGACCACUCUUUCAUCUGCACCAGUCAAAGUACCGGAAACAUCAUCACAUGGAGGUGGGACGGUUCUGAGCUGACUCAGCAGAAGUCCUACCAGCUCUUUGAUGAGUCGCUGCUUGUGCUCUCUAUCACGUUCAGUCCCACUUUCAAUGAUCUCAUGGUAGCCACUCUAACUUCCGGUGAGGUUGUUCUCAUUCGUAUCUCAGACUCCGAGCUCAAGAUCGACCGCUCGCUGCAUGAGCACUCUUUGGAAGCUUGGAUUUCGUCUUUUGGAGGAGACGAGUUCCCCAACUUGGUCAUGUCUGGUGGAGACGAUGCUGCCCUCAUGAUUUCGGAUCUUCGGACACCUCUGUAUGAAGACGGUGAACAAGAACUGGACUACAAUAACGGCGUUACCGAUACGAUAUCCAACAACCGAAUUCACCAAGCAGGAGUGACCUCAAUUCUGCCUUCCUGGAGAAAGUCUCAUGGCGCUCAGAUCUGGACAGGCUCGUAUGAUGAUACUCUGGCUUGCCUUGACCUCCGAAAGACAGGCAUGGUUGCUGUUAACACCCGAUCAGUAGUUUCGAGACAGGAACUUGGCGGUGGAGUCUGGAGACUGCUUCCCAACCCCAAGAACGUCGAUACUGUACUCACUUGUUGUAUGUACAACGGUGCCUUUAUCCUUGAUGCUGCAGGUGCAACUGAGGAGGAACCUAGCUCAAUCGUCAAGUACUACAAGGCAGGCCACGAUAGUAUGGUAUAUGGAGGAGAUUGGUCUCCCAAUGGCGAUUACGUUGCCACUUGUAGUUUCUACGAUAAGCAGCUGCGAAUCUGGAAGCCUUAA